AAGUGGCUCCGGGAGCGCGCCGGAGGGGACGCCGGGAACUCGCGGCAGGCUCCGCGUGCUGAGAUGGCCUCUAGGAACAGGAUCUGUAGUUGGGACGUAGUGGUCCCUUAUGCGUCCGAUAGUGAUUCAGGAAGUGUGGAUUUGCAGCUGAGCAACUUAGAGGAUAUUAUAAAGGGCCCAAGUAGCCUUGAAUUUACAGAUAGGUUCAUAUACCUGACUCAUGACGACGCCUUCAGUGAGGCCAACGUUGAGAACCUGAUCGAGUCUAUCCAGGAGUUUUUUCAUGGUGAGCUAAAGAUUCAGAGUGAACAUGAGAAGCUGACAUACCUAAGAUCUUUGUCUUCUCUCAGCCGAAUUUUACCUUAUGAUGAAACCACAGAAUCAUUCAUUCAUGGCCACAUCGCAGACAUUGUGCAUAUUCUAUAUGUAAGUAUCAUGACUUUACCACAAAUUAUUGGGGCCAUGCAAAUUCAGUGAUCUGGCUAACAAAUUUUUAGUGGCUUCACUUUUUUCCCCCCUGUUAAUCCUCACCUGAGGAUAUUUUUCCAUUGAUUUUU